AUGGAUGGUAGGCAGCCACAAACAAUAAUGACUGAUCAGUGUUCUGCCAUGGCUGCUGCAAUCAUGCAAGUAUUUCCAAAUUCAAAACAUAGGCUAUGUAUUUGGCACAUUGGGGAGAAUUCAAAGAAGCACAUCAAAGGAUUGAGAAUGCAAAAGGGUUUCAUAGAGUUAUUUAAUUUUCUGUUAAAGUAUAGUGACACAGAAGCUGAAUUUGAAUUUUACUGGAACAGGAUGGUGACUGAGUAUAAUAUUCAUAAGAAUGUUUGGUUAGAUAGAUUAUAUAAUAUUAGGGAGAAGUGGUGUCCUGCUUUUAGCAAACAGUAUUUCUCUGGUGGUAUUUUAUCCUCGCAAAGGAGUGAGUCUACUAAUCAUUCAAUUUCUAGAAGACUUUCAAAAACAGCUGGAUUGUGUGAUUUUUAUAAUUCAUUCGUUAGUGUGAUUUCUGAGUGGAGGAGCAGGGAGAGUGGUGAAGAUGUUCGCUGUUCUCAAGGUUUGCCAUCAAUGGCUAUGAAUUACGUGAAGUUACUUUCACAUGCUAGAGAAGUUUACACUAUUGAGAUAUACUUUUUAUUUGAAGAACAGUUCUUGAAAGGUUCUUCAUGCCAUCAAGAUUUGGUGGGGGUCAGUGGUGAGGUAAUGAAAUAUCAUGUUUGGCGUCCUGAUGUUGAUUUGAUUCGUCAUGAGGUUUGUUUUAGUUUUAAGGACUUGGAUAUAUCAUGUAGUUGCAGGUUGUUUUCAGAGAUGGGUAUUUUGUGCUCUCAUUCUCUUCGCAUUUUAAAUAUUCACUGUGUUGCAACAAUCCCUGAUAAGUAUAUUCUUAAAAGAUGGACUAAAAGGGUUGUUGAAGACAGGACAGUAGAGAAUGUUUGUGGUGUUGCUUCAGGUGGUUGGGUUAUACAAAUUGGUAGAAAGUUUCAGCGGUUGGUUUUAUCUAGUCAAGGCAAUUCUAAAGCUCGGGAAGCAUGUGAAGAUGCCUUUCAAAAUGCCAAGAUGAAGAUUGAAGCUGAAAUUGGUCCUAUUUUCUUUGAAGAUGGUGAACAAACCACAGAUGGUGUUAUACAAAAUCCAUCACGUAGUAGGCCAAAAGGUGAACGCAACAAACGUUUGAUUAGCACAAUAGAAAAGAAGUACAAAUAUGCAAGAGGACAAAAGAAUUAUUCAAAGUAUGUCGAGUUGAAUACAAAGGCUGCUGUGCAAUCAUCUGUGCGAGAGUCUGUUUCUAGUAUGGUGGGCAGUGGAUAUUUGGUCCAUCCGUCUGGUGGUAGUAGCUCAAAGUUGGUUCAUUUUAAUCCAAAUGAAAGUACUUAA